UCCUCGAGCUCGGCCCGGAGUGGGGGCCUUGCUGCAGCAGAAGUGGGGACAGGGGACUUGUGUGGGGACCCAGGAGGGUGGAGCGAAGCGGUGGGCAUAUCCGCCACCCUCGGUGUCGCCCGGUGCCCUGAGCUGGGGCCGGGCCUGGGCAGCUGGGACCGGUUAGGACACGAGCCAAGGCGGCCGUGACUCCUCACUGAGCUCUGCUUCCACCUAGUGGCCUCUGACGUGCCAGCUGCCCCCACAGCACCCAGGAAGCCAGGUGCCCUCUGAGCCCCCACCCUGUGCGAGGCACAGCCUGCAGUGGGACCGAGCUCGUCCGUGAGUGCAAGGGGCCAGAGCUGACAUGUUGCUGUCCCUCUCCGAGCCUGGGGGAGUCACGUGGAGGUUACAUCAAGAGCUUAGCACGGGGCCGGCACCUGCUGGGUGCUCGGUGAAUGCCGGGUGGUGUGGGUGGUGAUGGCGCCACCCGAACAGCCCGGUGCCAGGCAGGAGGUGGUGCGUCUCGGCGACGCGUCCGGGGCUCAGCUCCGUGGUGGGGUGAGGGACCCAGUUCCCAGGACGGCCCGCGUGAUGCUCGGGAGGGAGGGUGUCUGGGGGCCCUUGCACCCCCUGGGGUCUUGUCUCCACUCCGUCCCCGAGGGCGGGGGACGUGGGGGCUUGAGUCCUGGCCUCGCCUCCGCCGUGAGGCCCGGCGUGGUGGGGGCUGACCUGACCUCUGGAGGGACCUCUGCAGCUUCCCCGCGACACUCUGGACCCCAGACGAGCCCAGCCCUCUAGCCACUGGGGCCUCCUGUCCCCGCAAAGGGAAGAAACAAAAAGAAGCCAGAAGGGUGAGACUUUGGGGGGCCCUGGCACCCGCUUCCCUGCUGCGCUCUCCUCCCUCUGUUUUCGGGGACCCCGACUCUGCACGGCGGGCAGGCCCCUCCAGGUAGGACGUGGCCGUGGGCUCGGGGUCGUCCGGGAGAGUCGCCUGUGUGCGCUGAGCGUCCGGAGCACGGCAGGUGCUGGGGACGUUCCCGUCCUGCAGACGGCGCCGUCCUGUGCCUGGGCCGUGUCUGGGGCGGCGGCCGCCCGCUGAGGGGCAUCUGUGUGGGCAGAAGGCCGGCAGGUGGACGCGGGCCUGCUGAGUUAAAGAACCAGGCCCGGCCUCACUCUGCGGCCUCGGGUCUCUGGUCCACGAAAUGACAUUGGCACUCGGCCCACAGGCUGCGGUGAGGCGCGGGGAGGCACGCUGGGGGAGGGCCUACCCGGUGCUCGGCGAGUGGCCAGCUUGCUGCUGUCUCCCCGAGUGGGCCCUGCCCUGGAUCUGCCUCCCGAGGUGGGGUCCUCAGUGCCAGUCUGCCCCUACUCACCAGGGACCCUGGGAGAGCCACGUUCCCGCUGGCUCAGUGGCUGGAACAGAGGCCUCUGAGGGCCUGCUGCUGCCCCAUGGGGCCUGGGAAGGCGUGCCCUAGAGGGCAGUACAAACCGCUCUGUGUCCAGUAGAGGGCCCUGCCCAGCCCACGGCCAGCAGGGUGGGAGGAAGUGGCUCGAGGCCACGGGAGCAGCUGGCAGUGCCAGACGCCUGACUGGGUGGACGGAGCAGCCGGCCGCCUCUCCCGUCCGCCCGGCACCGCUGCCCGGCCCUCACCUGCCGUCCGUGGGCCAGCUGCGUCCCGCUCGUCCGGCCAUGCGGGGGCUGUGGCCACUGGCUGUUGCUCUCGCCGUGGUGUCGGCUGCAGGGCUGAGCAGCGUCUGCGGGGGUGUCCCCCUUCUCCCCAGCAGGCACAGAGCUGGGGUCCCCGAGCAGCAGAGCCGAGCCAAGAGGGGCGCCGAGGACGAGGAGGCCCCGGGGCUGCAGCAGUACGUGCCCGAGGACUUCCCCCGGCCCCUGCGCCCCGCCGAGCCCUCGGCCGCCGGCCCUGCCCCAGGCGAGGACAGACGUGCCCAGGGCGGCGGGCCAGAGCCGCGGGGCAACCUGACCAGGGCCCCGGGGCAGAGGCUGCAGGUCCGGAACCCGCUGUACCCCGUGACCGAGGACUCCUCCAGGGCCUACGCCAUCAUGCUGCUGGCCCUGGGGGUGUUCGCCGUGGGCGUCGUGGGCAACCUGGCCGUCAUGUGCGUCGUGUGGCACAGCUACCGCCUGAAGAGCGCCUGGAACUCCAUCCUGGCCAGCCUGGCGCUCUGGGACUUCCUGGUCCUCUUCUUCUGCCUGCCCGUGGUCAUCUUCAAUGAGAUCACCAAGCAGAGGCUGCUGGGGGACAUCUCGUGCCGGGCCGUGCCCUUCGUGGAGGUCUCCUCCCUGGGGGUCACCACCUUCAGCCUCUGCGCCCUGGGCAUCGACCGCUUCCACGCGGCCACGAGCACGCGGCCCAGGGCGCAGCCCGUGGAGCGCUGCCAGUCCAUCCUGGCCAAGCUGGCCGUCAUCUGGGUGGGCUCCCUGGCGCUGGCCGUGCCCGAGCUCCUGCUGUGGCAGCUGGCACGGGAGCCCGCCUCCUCCGCCGGCCCCGCGGACCUGUGCGUCAUGAAGCCCUCGGCCAGCCUGCCCGAGUCCCUGUACUCACUGGUGCUGACCUACCAGAACGCGCGCAUGUGGUGGUUCUUCGGCUGCUACUUCUGCCUGCCCGUCCUCUUCACCGUCACCUGCCAGCUGGUGACGUGGCGCGUGCGGGGCCCCCCGGGCCGGAAGCCGGAGUGCCGGGCGGGCACGCACGAGCAGUGUGAGAGCCAACUGAGCAGCACCGUGGUGGGGCUGACCGUGGUCUACGCCCUCUGCACGCUCCCCGAGAACGUCUGCAACGUCGUGCUGGCCUACCUCUCCGCCGAGCUGACCCGCCAGACCCUGGACCUCCUGGGCCUCGUCACCCAGUUCUCCACCUUCUUCAAGGGGGCCGCCACCCCCGUGCUGCUGCUCUGUGUCUGCAGGCCGUUGGGCCAGGCCUUCCUGGACUGCUGCUGCUGCUGCUGUGACGAGUGCGGCCAGGCCUCGGGGGCCUCGGCCACCGCCGCCUCGGACGGCAAGCUCAAGACGGAGAUGUCCUCCUCCAUCUACUUCCACAAGCCCAGGGAGUCGCCCCCGCUCCUGCCCCUGGGCACGCCUUGCUAGGCCAGGCCCCGGAGGGAGACCUGGGAGACAGGCAAGCUGGGUGGCGAGGGUGCCACCCCAGGCCGCUGGUCUUCUGUCCCCAUGGGUCUGGCUCU